AUGGUUUCUUCUACCUGGCAAUGGAGGAAAUUUGACGCGUCUCCAUUGCCAUCGCCACCAGUGCCUGGCAUUCCCGCGAUCGCGAGCCUUAUCAAGCACUACUCCUCCAAUCUCGCCGGCCUCCGCCAGGUCCAUUCCCAGAUCAAGCGCAGCGGCAUCGACUCGAGGGAUCGCUACAUCGGCAACCUUCUCAUCGGCGCCUACAGCAGCCAUGGCGACGAGGGCGGCAUCGCGGACGCCAGGGCAGUGCUCGCGAACCUGGCCCGCCCCAAUGUCAAGUCGUGGAACAUCUUGAUCGCGGCGUGCGUGAGGCAAGGGCAAGAGCGCGCGGCGCUGGAGCUCUACGCGGCUAUGAAUUGCGAGGGAAGGACGCGCCCGGACGCGAUCACGAUGGUAAGCAUCCUCAGCGCUUGCUCCAUUCUGGGAGAGCUCGGCGCGGGGAAAGCUCUCCACGAGAGGAUCCUCGCUGGUGGUUUUGAUUCCAACGCGAUCGUUGCCACGGCUGUGGUGACGAUGUAUUUCAAGUGUAGCAGCAUCGAUCGAGCGAGGGAAGCAUUUGACGGGAUGAAGAACAGGACUGUCGUGUCUUGGAACACGAUGAUCACAGCAUAUGCCCACAGAGGGGAUUUUUUCCAGGCAAUGUUUCUCUUUGAGAGCAUGGAUCUGGAGAGGGAUUGCUUCACAUACUCGGCGAUUCUGGGUGCCGCAAAAGAUCUCAAGACCGGAAGGAAAAUCCACCAGAUGAUCUUGGGCUCUGGAAUUCGCUUGGACGUGGCGGCUUUCAACGCUCUCGUGAGCAUGUAUGUGAGAGGUGGAAGCAUGGGCGAAGCGAGAGAGGCUUUCGAGUCCAUGACGAUCAAAGACAUCGUUUCCUGGAACGCUAUGAUCGCUGGUUACGUCCAGUUUGGCUAUGGAGUCCCUGCGAUCGAGCUCUACGAGAGAAUGGUUUCGUCUCCUCAAAAGCCCAACGCGAUCACUUACGCCAGCGUUCUCGCGGCUUGCUCGAUCGCUGGAGAUGCCACCAAAGGGAGAAAAAUCCACAGCAAAGUCGCUGUUUCCGGGGCCUACGAUUCUUCCAUCACCGUCCAAAACGCGCUCGUCAACUUUUAUGCAAAGUGUGGCAGCUUUGGCGAGGCCGAGUCAGUGUUCGGAAGAAUGCGCUUCAGGGACUUGUUCUCGUGGAACUCGAUGCUCGCGGCGUGCUCCAAGCACCAGAAGUGUGAUGCCAUGGAGCUCAUCCUUCGGCAGCAAAUCCUCGAGGGGUUCCAACCAGAUCAAGUGAGCUACACGUGCAUCCUCCACACUUGUUCUCACGUCGGGCUGCUACAGCAAAGCUUGGAACACUUUAGCUCGAUGCUCCAGGAUCACUAUCUUCGGCCAGUUCCGGAGCACUACAGAUGUGUUUUGGAUCUCUUGGGACGAGCGGGGCUGCUUUACGAGGCCGAGGCUUUGAUCCAGAGCAUGCCAUUCCAGCCGGAUGGAGUUGCUUGGAAGUGUUUGCUCUCGGCGUGUAACAAUCACGGAGAUGCCGAUCGAGGAGCCACCAUAGCGAAGCAAGUUCUUCGUUCCGAGUCUGGGAGAUCAGCUUCUUACAUUCUCGUCUCCCAGACCAGGUGAAGAAGGCAAGGCAGUCAGCUCCGGCGCUUAGAGGUAUUUCUCUUGUUAUUUCUACUGAUAGUUUGUGUUGUUUUUCAGGAUAGCGAGAAAAGCCUCAAAUUGUCAUGAAGUUUUCAGGCAUAAGGUCUGCUCCAAUCUUCUAUUGUUCUUGAUUCUCUAUACAUAGAGAAUCAACUGACUAUAUAUAUAUAGUCAGUGUUUGCAGAUAGCUGCGGGAUGAGAUCAAAAUCUCGCAGGAACGAAAGGUACAUUUACAUUUGUAAGCAUUUCUUUUGCGUUUCCUUCCUUUUUGUUUAUUCCAGGUUCUCAUAACAUUGCUGUAGGAGAAACAAGACAGCGGGAUUGUCAUUGUGCUUCAAGUUUUCAAUCACGCGUAAUUUCCUACGUGACACGCCUUAUAACUUCUUAGGACCGGGUUAGUUCGCCACAGUUUUCUUCCUCGGGACUGUUCAUAACCAGGAGGUAAAGUUUUGCUAUUUUUCAAUCCAAGUCCGAAGCUACACUAUAUAUCCGCGUAAAUUUUUACUACUCUAAAUUAUUCAUUUUCAUUUUCUCCGCAAUGUACUGAGAAAGACAUUAUUUUAAAUCUUUUGAAAUAA